AAAGUUUUGAGGGAAAUUAGAAUAUUUUUGUUGAGAGGUGGGUGUAUCCGCUCGAAAAGCUUUUAGAAAAGGAGAAAACGUCCAAGUAGAGUCUUAGCUGCUCUUCCUCUUUUAACAUUUAAGGGCUGACUUCAAGUUUUGUAUAUCAGGACAUGUCGCGGUCGCCGUGUGUUGCAGCCAGUCUAAAAAACUUUUUACCUAUUAAAGAUUUUAAGAGUCCCAAUCACUUAAGAUUGAGCCCUGCCCAAGCUGUUCAAACUCAAUAUCGCACUUCGCUCUCACCUUUCCCCCAGUGCAACCCUCAGCCCACGCCUUUAUUGUCCCCAUCUCCUAGUCAUUUUAAUUUCCCCAGCCCAAAAAAUUUUUUUCAGCAACGUGAUUGUAUCUCACUUUCUGUUGAUAGUCCCCAAAGGCUGCUUUUUACUACAAAAAUUAAGACCACUCUCAACUCAUCUAACAUAUUAGGACGGGGAAGGUUUGGUCAGGUAGUGUUGGCAAAAUACAAAGAUGCCCAAGUUGCAGUUAAAAUUAUAAAAAAUGCAGCCAAGGAACAAAUCUUCGAAACUAAUGGGGAAAAACUAUCACAUCCAAAUAUAGUCAGCACUCUGAAAAUAGAGAGGCUUGAUGAUGAUGUCCUAAUUUUAAUGGAACCCUGGGGUUCCCUCAACCUACAACAGUUCCUGAGCAUGUCAUUAAAAAUUCCUUGGGAAGAUGUUUUGAGCUAUUCAAGGCAGUUAGCCAUGGCCCUUGACUAUUGUCACGCAAAUGGCGUACUUCAUCUUGAUGUGAAACCAGCUAACGUUAUGGUAAAUGGUGAAAAGUGGAUUAAGUUAGGGGAUUUUGGUAAUUCUGCCAGUGUCCAACACCUUGAAUUUUUCCAGUACCAGCAAAGAGUAGGUACAGUUUCUUACUGUUCUCCAGAGCUACUUCAAGGUGAUAUUCCAUCAACCAAAUCUGAUGUCUAUUCUUAUGGAAUAACAUUGUGGCAAUUCCAGCACAACCAAAUACCUUUUUCUGAUUUGGAUUGGCCCACUGUGGCAUAUUUGGUUGUUGCGAAGGAUGAAAGACCUAGCCUCACUGUUACCACUAUUGAUGAAGAUGAACAAAUAUUUGUUAAUCUCUACCAAAACUGUUGGCAGCCAAAACCAGAAAAUCGCCCUUCUAUGGUAGAAAUAGUAAAUCUUCUGAAAAACUUGGGUGAAUGAUGUAUUUUCUUUUGAAGUUUAAAAAAUUAUGAAUGGGUUUCUGGUCCUUCUCCACCUGGAACCAACUAAA